CCCACGUCUCUGGAACUCUCGCUCUAUCUGAAUUGACCCCUCACCCGAAGUCACUGCCAAAUUUUGGAUCCCAAAUCUCACCAACCAAAAACCCUAACUCACAUCCGCAUUGCGCAUCGAAAGACAAAACAUUCCAAAAAGAAAAAUAAAAUAAACGAUGUCUUUUGAGGAAGAGGAGUCGCUGGAACACACGCUGCUGGUGGUGCGCGAGGUGUCGGUUUAUAAGAUCCGUCCCAGGACGACGUCAGGUGGGUACAAGUGUGGGGAGUGGUUGCAGUCCGAUAAGAUUUGGUCGGGUCGACUCCGGGUCGUUUCGUGCAAGGAUCGGUGCGAGAUCCGACUGGAGGACCCGAACACAGGGGAGCUGUUCGCAGCGUGCUUCGUGGAGCCUGGGCGAAGAGAUAGCUCGGUGGAGCCGGUUCUUGAUUCAUCGAGGUACUUCGUACUGCGGAUAGAGGACGGCGCAGGGAAGCAUGCCUUCAUCGGCCUAGGCUUCACCGAGAGGAACGAGGCCUUCGACUUCAAUGUCGCGCUGUCUGAUCACGACAAGUACGUCAGAAGGGAACUGGACAAGGAAACUGGCGCAGAGACCACCGAUAACGAGAGCCACAUCGACAUCCAUCCAGCUGUUAAUCAUAGACUAAAGGAAGGUGAAACCAUCCGAAUAAAUGUGAAGCCUAAGCCAUCGAGUGGAACUGGGAUGUUAUCAGCUGCGCUUUCUGGGAGUGGAAAGCCUAAAACUCUGGGACUUGCACCGCCACCAGUUGGAGCAGGAAAAAUAAGAUCUCCUCUUCCACCUCCUCCCAAUGAUCCAGCUGCUGCACGGAUGACCUCUGCAAGUCUUAAGGCCCCAAAAGAAACCACAAGAUAUUCUAAUGAUCCACUAGAUCUUUCUAAACUUGAGAGGAAUCUUCCAUCCGCUACUGGGUCAGGAUCUGCAAAAACCACUGCGACUGCUGCAUCAGGAUGGGCUGCUUUUUGAUUUUGUGAGCAAUGUCUGAAUAUUUGAAUAUGAAAUCCUUGUUUGAUGUUUUCUUCAAAAAGAAAAAGAAAAGAAAGAGUGAGAAAUUGUAAGAAAAGAGGUUACCAUAUUUGGAAUGUUUCCCAGAUCAUGUUAACAUGAUGCUUCUUUUGUCUUACUGAAAACUUGUAUUCUAUUGUAUGUUCUCAUUCUAUAUAUAAUAGUGAAAAGGACGUUUGUCUUGUCAGUGACCA